AUGGCGGCUUUCACAAAUUUUACAUUUCUUGUUUUGUUAAUCUGUUGCGUGUUUGCAUUCGGGGAACAUUCCGGAAGCAUUGCCAAGCCAGAAUCAUCACGGGAACCAGCGCAGGGAAAGAAUGUACCAGAACCUCAACAACGUCGUUUAGAAAAACGUUCUCUGGAUCAUGAAGAUGGUGAUCUUGAUGAUACUAUUUUCCAACCCGCAUAUGAGAACGCAUUCGACAGGCCGCAUAGAAUUCGUGUUUUGCCAGGAUAUCUUCACUAA